AGGUGCUCGGGCGGGCCCACAGCAUCCGGAUCUACGCGGUCAUUUCCGUGGGCAAGCAGCAGGGCACCACAGAGUGGGCCGACGUGGUCGACAAGGGCGUGUUCGAGCUGAACCAGCCACCGGUGCCGUUCACGCUGGACAACAUCGUCGCGAACACGAGCACGAGGUCGUCGACCAGCCGACAGCUGACACCGCCCUCGCGCGCACGAUCGUCGUCGAUCGCGGUGUCAUUGGCCUCGACGCUGCUGGAUAGGAGGAUCCCCGAGAUGACCGUCAGGGUCUACCGGGUGCGGCGGAUGUGUCGCGACGCCCUCAUCGGGCAGGCGGCCCUGCCCAUCACGACCACGGAGCUCGCAGGCACUUCGAGGGAACACACCGUCGACCUGACCAAUGGUUGCGGGAAGGUCUCCGUGCGGUUCAGCUUCAACUGCUCCCUCUCCGACCUGCGGGACCUGCAGAGCGUGCUGGCGGCGCCGAACGAGCGGCGGUCCUCCGCGAAGUUCUCCCGGGCCCUGGCGCAGCUGCUGCAGGGGGAGGACGGGUUGCAGAUCCUGGAGAAGGCGAUGCCCGCCGCGCUCGUCAUGAUGGCGGACCGGGACCCGGACGGCAUGGCCAGCACGCUGCAGUGCAUGCUGGUCUCGCUCUGUAACCACGUCACCAUGCUGGCCGAGGGCGAGAGCAACUCGGAGGUGAUGCAGCGCCUGGCCCCGCUUUCGCGAAACAUCCAGGACUUCGUGGCCGAGCACGCACCCGCCGGCGAGGACGUCAGCGCCCUGGCCACCGAGUGGCUGAGCGACAUCUUCACCAUCUGCGCCAGGAAGACGGGGCUGAUGGGCGCCUGGUCGCUGGACAUCAAGGAGUUCUUGGAGGCGGGGGCGCGUUACCCCGGGGUCGACCACCUCGCGCCCAUCGACAGCCAGGGCAGGCAAAUUCAGGAAUGGACGGACUCGCCGCUUUCGGUGCGGAAGCAGUUUACGCCCAAAGGCGCCAUCCUGGGCCAGGGCAUGUUCGGCACAGUCUGGCGCGCCAUGGACGUGAGGAACAGGGAGUGGUACGCCGUGAAGCGCAGCCAGGGCCGCGAGGUCUUCAUCGGCCGGGAGCGGGACGUGACCAACCACGUCAUGAUGAACCCGCACCCCUUCGUGGUGCAGGUCUUCGGCAACUACGUGGUGGAGGGCUCCGCCCGCUUCUCGCUGCUCGUGAUGGAGUUCUGCAGCGGAGGCGACCUGCAGAACCGGAUCAACGCCGCCCACAGGGGGAGCGCGUACAGCAUGCCGGCGAAGGUCUGGGCCUGGAUCGGGCAGAUCUUCCUGGGCCUGGAGCACCUGCACGUGGUGCUGGACAUGCUGGUUCGUGACCUGAAGCCCGCCAACGUGGUGUUCACUGGCCACGACCACGCCAAGCUCACCGACUUCGGGAUGGGGCGCAUAGGCAGCACCUCCACCGGGGCCUUCACCCUGCAGAACUGCCCCCCCGGCAGCCCCGCCUACGCGGCGCCUGAGGUGGUGCUGGAGAGGCCGUACGACCACAGGGCCGACAUCUACUCCUUCGGGGUGCUGUGCUGGACGAUGCUGACAGGCGGCAUCAAGGUCGAGGGUCCAGACUGGUGCCCACCCAGCCACAAGUUCUCGGCGCACAACUUCAAGUCCUUGGCCAAGAACCACAAGCUGCUCGAGAGGGCGAUCCGCAACCCCAGCCAAGCCUGUGCCCAGCCGCUGCCCAGCGAGAGGGCGGUCGACAUGGUCCUGGCCCUGACGCGCCCAGACCCCGACCAGCGGCCGGAGCACGACAAGGUCCGCGCCCUCGCGCUCAUGUCCGCCCUCAAGUUGCCGCCGCCAGAGGCUCGGCGGCAGCAGGUGGACGAGUGGCUCAAGACGCUCAACCAGCCCGCGACGCGCGCUGGCGUGAGUGCUGGGUGAUCUUUCAAGGGGGGAUCAGGGAGAAGAACCUCG